UUUUUAAGAUAUCUCCCAACCUCUACCAUUGUUGUUUAUAUAUGAUAAUGUUCAUUUCUUAAAAAGUCUUUAAAUGCUAUUUUAACUAUUGAAAAGUUUGUUUUUUGAAGUCGAAAUGUCUCUUUUAUUUUUAGAAGAAGACCCAUGGUUACUGGAAUAUGAGUCUUGUGAGAAAUUGCAUAGAGAUGUAAUGGAACAGCUGAGCUUGAGACAAAAACAUCCAAGAACCAGCGAAAAGUACAAUCAAUUAUCUGCUAAUAUUAGGUUACGGUUAAAACAAUUUAACAAUGAAGUUGGCCAACUCAAUCAGAAACUAGAAAGUACAAGCAAAUUGGGUAGUAUAACACCUGCAGAAUGUGAAAGGAGAACUAGACAGGUAGAAGUUCUUCAGUCGAAAGGACUUCAAAUGCAAAAGAUAUUUGAUGAACAGGUAGUGAAUAAACUGAAUGAAGAUAGAAGAUCACUUGUAGGGGAGUCUAGCAUGGAAAGAGUCCCUCUUCCAAGUACUUCUGUGGAUGACUUACGAACGAACCAAAAGAAGAUGCUCGGAGAACAAGAUAGGAGCUUGGAGGGCUUAUCAAGAAUCAUAUCCAGGCAAAAGGAUAUUGCCAACACAAUUUCUGAUGAGGUCGAUUUCCAGAAUGAUAUUCUGGACGAUCUAGGAACACAACUGAGUAGGACAGAUGAUAGAUUGAAUACUGAAACUCGGCACAUCGAGGUAGUUGAUAGAAAAGAUAAAACUUGUAUAUACUGGGUGAUAAUCAUAUUGUUAUUUAUUAGUAUAGUUGUUGUGGCUGUACUUUAAUUUACAAACUUCUGUUGAUUGAUAUGUAUAUACAUCGUGAUAUAACAAAGAAUUUGAAUAUAUUUGAUAUACUAAUUGUAA